CGUGCAGCUGUUGGGCAAUGGCGCACAAAUCUGGGAGAUGGUGGCUUGUGCUUACCUUGACUAUCCUAUGCGUUUGUCAAACUACAGAAGAGCCCAAUGCCACUACGAUUUCAGCGAUUUCAUCACCAGUUCUCAACACCAGUUCGGAGACCCAUGCAUAUAAUGACACCAGUUUCACAGCAAAUGUGACUGAACCACCACUUACGACCAUGAAUUCCAGUGCGGUAGAUGGUGGCAGCGGAGGUGAUUAUCCCUCGUACAACUAUUACGACCCCUAUGACACUUCCAACUUCACUUCAGAGGCAUGGGACUUUGUCAGGGCGCACUUUUAUAUUUUGGGGGUUGUCACGCCCGCGAUUGCUUUCAUGGGCCUGAUGUUAAAUACCUUAAACAUCAUAAUAUUUUCCCGAAAAGACAUGAAGAACGCCACACAUAUACUCCUUCUGGGCCUUGCUGUGACAGAUUCACUAAAACUGCUAUUAGAUGCUGUUUGGGAUAUUCGAUUUUACUCACUGAGCGAGAAAGAUUAUCUCCCUGUUCAGGUAAGAAGUCUCAACAGCGCUUGGCAAGUAUUCGCUUUUAUAUGUGAAGAUGUGAGUAUAAUGUUUUCACACUCUUCCAACUGGAUCAUUGUCACUGUGAGCGUUUUCAGAUUUAUUGCCGUUGUGUUCCCAAUGAAAGCGAGUGAAUUGUGUACAGAGCGUCGGGCCCAGUGGGCGAUCGUUGGCAUCGUCCUUUACAACAUACUCUUUAAUAUACCGACCUUCUUCACAUUUUCAACCUUUUAUGAGACCAGAGUUGUUGACGGUGUCGAAGUAACAGAGCUUAUAGUAGUCCCUGAUGAGUUUGUCUUUAGCAUGGAAUACAAUGCAAUCUUCACAAACGUCCGAUCCUUAGUGAACGUCCUUCUGCCCUGGAUUUUCAGUAUAUUUUUCAGCAUUCGACUUAUCAUCGCUCUGAAAGCCAGCACCGCAAAUGCUCGCAAAAUGGCCAUUCAAAAUUCGGCAGGAAUGGAUGCUAGAGAAAAAGAGCAAAAUCGCAUUACUCUCAUGAUCAUUGCUGUCAAUAUCAUGUUUGUAUUUUCUCAAGUUUGGAAAUUGCUCUAUAGGUGUAUAUUUUUGUUUAACUCCUAUGAUGAGGCUGCGCUGCUUACGAAUUUGGACUUGCAUAGGUACAGUCUCUUUGCCGAUUUGACAAUUACCCUUAAUCUCUCUUUGAAUUUUUUCUUGUACUCCUUUACCAACAAACGCUUCAUGGGGACGCUUCUCAGUUUGUUCAAGACAUGCCUACCAGCACGCUGUUUUGUGGAAAAAACUCCCACAGUCGUUCCCCCAACCGCUAAUACCGAUCUGCAGAGCUCAUCGAAGGCUUCGGUAUCAGAGACAGCUACUAAUGAAACAGUGGACGAAAAGCCCAGCCCGGAAGAACCAAAUGCCGUAUAAUGGGCUGAAAGUAUACAUGCAGACACAAAAACUUGACUCAUUCCAUUAAGAGGCAAAAGGAAAAUCCUAAAGAUAGAAUGUAUUUUAAGUUGUAUUUAACAGUGUGUUCCGGCAUAUAUUGUAUUCGGUGAGCAGCGAUAGAUAUCAUGGUCUUUGGGAUAAAUACCUCUUUUAUGUUAGACUCAACUAUUAUAUUUUCACUUACAUCUUUAUUACGAAUGCAACGGUGUUUAAGUGAUUUGCACUAAGAAAUGGGAUUUAGGUAAGGGCUUUUAUUAUUGAAUUUUGAUUGUAUUUUUUAACAUCGUAAACAAGAUUUAAACUUUCCAGCACUUCUUAGGUCCUGUUUGGGUAGGCAGGGGGUCUUUGCACCUUGGGUCGGAUGGUUUACGAUAAAUUUUGUUUAUAUCUUAUUAGAAAAUCAAGAGCACUUAUUGUUUCACUUAAAAAAUACAAAAGAAGUUUUAUGCGGGCUACUUUUGCCAUUUUAAUUGAGUACACGUUAUUUAUUGCAUAGAAAAAAUAUCUAGACAAGACUGACUUAUUUUCAAUAUUUUUGCAUUAUUCCUGUACUUGGUGAUUGUACAGCGCUUCAAUAGGUUACAGUUUUCGAUUUAACAGCUGUAUUAAUGCUGAUUUUGCACCCAUGGGCAAAUAUUGUAAGUUUGCCCAGUUUUUUGUUCGAUUGAGUUAACGAUAUUUGGAGUUGAGACAUUAUUUGAUUUUCUGUUAGACCUUCCUGACAAC